UGACUUGGGGAUCUUGUUAUCCUUGCUGUCUCUGCUGAGUUCUUGGCUAGACACGGUUGCAUUUCUGUGGAGCCCUGGGAAGAUGUUGCCUUUGGAGAGGGUGUUGGCCUCCCCCAGAAGCUCCCCACCUCACCCAGAACCACCUACUCUGAGGUCCGAAGAUACAGCCCAACAGGAAGAGCCUAGCCAGCAUGAGGAACCCGACCAGGGCCAAGUACUUCCUAAGCAACAAGAACCAGGCCGUCAGGAGGAAUGCAGGAGGCAGGAUGAGCCUGCCCAGGAAGAAGAACCCAUCCAGCUGCUAGAACCUAGUCGGAGGCAUGAGCCUAACCCAUGGGAAGAAUCCAGUCAGCAGGAUAGUCCUCCCAACCAGUGCGAAGAACUCAGUGAGCAGCAAGAACCCAGUCAGCAGGAUGAGCCCAGUCAGGCGGAAGAGUCCAUCCAACUGCAAGAACCUAGCCUGUGGGAAGAACUCAUGGAGCAAGAUGAGCCCGUGCGGCAGGAGGAGCCCAGUCAGCAGGACAAACCCACCCAACAGGAGGAGCCCAUUCAGCAGGAAAAGCCCAUCCAACAGGAAGAACUCAUCCAGCAGGAGGAAUCUAUCCAACAGGAAGAAUUCACUCAGCAGGUGGAGCCCAUUCAGCAGGAUGCUUCCAUCCACCAGGAACUCACCCAGCAGGAGGAGUCCACCCAACAGGAAGAAUUCAUUCAGCAAGAGGAGCCCAUUCAGGAGGAUGAGCCCAUCCAACAGGAACUGAACCAGCAGGAGGAGCCCAUUCAGGAGGAUGAGCCCAUCCAACAGGAACUGAUCCAGCAGGAGGAGCCCAUUCAGGAGGAUGAGCCCAUCCAACAGGAACUGAACCAGCAGGAGGAGCCCAUUCAGGAGGAUGAGCCCAUCCAACAGGAACUGAUCCAGCAGGAGGAGCCCAUUCAGGAGGAUGAGCCCAUCCAGCAAGAACUGAUCCAGCAGGAGGAGCCCAUUCAGGAGGAUGAGCCCAUCCAACAGGAACUGAACCAGCAGGAGGAGCCCAUUCAGGAGGAUGAGCCCAUCCAACAGGAACUGAUCCAGCAGGAGGAGCCCAUUCAGGAGGAUGAGCCCAUCCAACAGGAACUGAUCCAGCAGGAGGAGCCCAUUCAGGAGGAUGAGCCCAUCCAACAGGAACUGAUCCAGUGGGAGGAGCCCAUUCAAGAGGAACUGUUGCCGCAGGAGUCCAUUGAGCCGGAAAAGUCCAUCCAAAAGGAAGAGUUUCUUCAGCAAGAGGAGCCCAUUCAGCAGGUAGGGCCCAGUGAACAGGAGGAACCCAGCCAGCAGGAGGAAACCAGCCAACAGGAAGAGCCUAGCCAGAAGGACCAACCCAACCAACAGGAGGAACUCAGUCGACAGGAAGAUCCUCGCCAACAGGAGGAACCCGGCCAACAGGAAGAGCCUAGCCAGAAGGAUCAACUCAACCAACAGGAAAAGCUUGGCCAGCAGAAGGAAACGGAAACCAUCACUGAGAGAUCGGCUGCUGACCUUGAGUUUUCCCGCCUGCGCUUCCGGGAGUUUGUGUACCAGGAGGCAGCUGGGCCUCACCAGACUCUGGCUAGGCUUCAUGAGCUAUGUCGCCAGUGGCUGAGGCCCGAGGCCUGCUCCAAAGAGCAGAUCCUGGAGCUGCUGGUUCUAGAGCAGUUCCUGGGCAUCUUGCCAGACAGGGUCCGUCCCUGGGUGGUUGCCCAGUAUCCUGAGAACUGCAAGAAGGCUGCCUCCCUGGUGGAGGGUCUCUCUGACAUCCUGGAGGAGCCAGGAAUGACGCUGUGUUCCCCGGGUGGGUCGUCAUCUUCAUUCAGCGAUGGAGACUAUGAAAGGUGUCCUGAGCCUCUGCUGCUGCCACGAGGGUUGCUGAGUCCCAGUAGGGGUCUAAGACCUAGGGACAUCUUGGUACGCCGUGAUACUUCUCCCCUUCUUCCAGCCUGGCCUACCAUGGAGUCUGGGCAUCUGGAUCAAGAGCACAUAGAGGGAGAAAAGAAUGAAGAAGCCAACUCUGCCACAGCUGAGCUGAAGGAACUUCUGCAGUCGGAAUGGGACCAUCUGGACCCCACAGAGGAUAACCUGACCCAUUACAGCAAGCUGCUCUUGUUGGGAUGUCAGUUUUUCCAGGCUGGUCCAUCCUCCAUGCUGGAGACAGAAGAACCUUGUGCAGUGGAAGAUCUGCCAGGAGGCAGCCUCCCAGACCACGCCAGGCAGCAGGAAAGCAAAGGGAAUGUGUGUGAGGAGGUCUCCAUGGGGGAGACAGUGAUGGAGAGGCUUUCAGGGGAUGUCCCUGUUAGCCCUUCAAUAGCUACUGCCCUGGAGGAGGAACAGCAACCUCAGAAGGCUCUGGAUGCUGAAGAUGAGGAUUCAAGCCCUGCCAGUCCCCAGAGGCAGUCAGUCAUCCAGCAGUCUUCCCAGGACAAGGAUACUCCACAUCACGGCACUGGGACAAAAAGGCCCCAUCCAGAUGAUGAGGAUGAGGAGGACCCUGAGUGUCUUUCCAGCACCAGCAGCUACCAGCUGCCAUUUGAUGCAGGGAAGGUGCUUCCUGUGGAUGGCUGUGAUUCUGGGCAGGACCCAGGGACUUCUGUGGGACGCCCUGCAGCUGAUGAGUUUGGUCUAUCCCAAGGGAAGCCUUACACAUGCAGUGAAUGUGGGGAGGCCUUUGCAUGGAUCUCAAACCUUAUGGAGCAUCAUGAGAGCCACAGCAGUGACACGUGCUAUGUGAGCCAGGGCUGCUAGGAACCCUUCCAGUUCAGCUUGGCUGUGGUCAAGUAUCACAAGAGUCAGAUACAAAAAGAGGGAAGCCACUCCCAGAGCCCCUCUCUACCACAAGGAAAACUCACUGGUGGGAGGAUUGGCAGCUCCUAGGGGUUGGGUGGUUUUCCCUAUACAGUCUGAGGUACAAGGCUGAGCAACUCUGCUAUGAGUGUCCCAUGACAUGACAGUUGUAGCAUGAGUGAACCUAAGGUUCAUGUAUGGUGGUGGCUUCCUAUGCUAUCUCUAUGAGCAUACCUGUACUUAUUUUCUGGAUGCUGAUGUGCUGAAACAACUGGAAAAAGGUAGUGCCCACUGAAGCCGCCUUAGGAACACACUUUGGGCUGAUGUUCUAUCCUGUAAGCCAUCAGAUGUGAGGGAAGACUCCAUUUCUGCAUUGUUUUAAUACCAGUCAUACUCUGGUCAUUUGACAUUGUACAAACUGUUGAGUGGCCUUAAAGUAUGCGAUCUGUUGGCACUUUCUUGAGCCCUCCUUGUCUCAGUUGCUUCUCCUUGAACUCUUUUUUCACACAUAAUUCUUGCCAUCUAUUUUGGCCUUUUCGUAAAUACUGUCAGUGCUGUCAGGUGUACUUCUGAAUCCUCA